AUGGCUACUCUUCAGAAGAAUGAUACGAAUAGCUCAGAAAACCAACUAUUCAGAUUUCUUAACAUAAUGGACUCUAGCGCUUUCGUUGUCGUACUGCUUCUGUUGAUUGUUGUUCCCAAUGUCGUAGUGUUGGGAACGAUACUUACCAGAAAGACUCUUCAUCGUCCAUCUCAUAUACUUCUUGGUUCUGUAAGUAUUGAUUCACUACUCACCAGUGGAGUGAUGAUUCUUGCACAGUUUGGUUACAAUGUGCACGAUUGCACGGCAUUACAGCAGUCAAUUGUUCUCCUUCUGGGUGUCCCGUCCGAUAUGCUUCUGUCUUCAGCACUCUUACUAGCCUUCGACAGAUUUCUGGCUCUUCGUAAUCCAUUUCAGUACGAAACGCUAGUGACUGUUCAAAGAUGUUUAAUCCUGCUUGUGAUCCGUGUGAUUUUCCAUUUCAUAUCUCACCUUGUUGUGCAGUUUGCGACGUACGGAAUGGUCUCGUGUAAAUUGGAAUUUACUCUAAACCAGUCAUUAGUCAGCUGGAUAUUUAUUGCGAUUGGAGGAGUCGGGAUUUUUUAUUUUCACUGCUACUCGCUUUGUGUCGCUAGACAUCAUGCCAGAGCUAUAGCCAUAGGAAAUAAUCUUCCUGCUUUACAAGUACAUUUCAAAGCUCUAAGAACAGCAGGAGUCAUGAUCGCAGCUUCCUGGCUUACUUUAUUGCCGGUUAGCAUUUCGGGGAUGGGACUGAGCAUAUGCACGCAUUUAAACUCAAACCUUAUGGAAAUGACUCGGAUAUGUGUAGGAUUUGGAAUAGCUUUCAGCAUCUUCAGGCACGGAAUUGUCUUGAAAAGUAUUAUAAGUCCAUUUCUGUACACGUAUGCGUCCAGUGAGCUGCGUGAUGAAUUACGGAAGAUCUUUAAUAGCUUGAAGAAGAAAAGUUGUAACCGAAGUGUUGUUGGCUAA